AAAUGUGCUACAUCCAGGACUUCCAGUCAUACAUUAGUUGUAAUUUGUGCACUGACUGUGUCGCCUCUCUGUGUUCAGUACUUCAGACACCUGCUGAGAGGCGCCGAGUCUCCAACGAGGAACUCAAGAAUUAACAGAAAUAGCUUCAGUUUGGAAGAAAACAGAAACACUUCAAAACGAGGCGAGUCGUUCGGGAUCAGCAGGAUUGGCAGCAAAAUCAAAGGUGUGUUCAAGAGCACGACCAUGGAGGGAGCCAUGCUGCCACCCAGCGCCAUGAACGACUUCGGCGAGGAUUUGGUGGAGGAGGCGACUGUCGUGAUGGAGGACGACUGCCCCGCCGAGCCGGCCAGCACACCGGGCGCCCUGAGGAACCUGUCGGCCUGGAGCAUCACCAUCCCUUACAUCGACAUCUACGACGACGAGGCCAAGAGGGAGAAGAUCCCCGUCUUCUGCAUCGACGUGGAACGCAACGACAGGAAGGAAGCUGGUCAUGAAACUGAAAAGUGGUCGGUCUACAGAAGAUAUCUGGAGUUCUACGUACUAGAAUCCAAACUCACCGAGUUCCACGGCACAUUUGCAGAUGCGCAGCUUCCAUCCAAAAGAAUUAUUGGACCAAAGAAUUACGAGUUCCUCACAUCAAAAAGAGAAGAAUUUGAGGAAUAUUUACAGAGACUCCUGCGGCAUCCAGAGCUCAGUAACAGUCAGCUGCUGGCAGACUUCCUGUCUCCGUACAGCAUGGAGUCUCAGUUCCUGGACAGGAUGCUGCCUGAUGUCAACCUGGGAAAGAUUUUCAAGUCUGUACCAGGGAAGCUGAUGAAAGAGAAAGGACAGAACCUGGAGCCUUUCAUCCAGUCCUUCAUCAACUCCUGCGAGUCGCCAAAACCCAAACCCAGCAGACCCGAGCUGACCAUCCUCAGCCCCUCCACCGAGAACAACAAGCGGCUCUUCAGCGACCUGUUCAAGAACAACGCAAACCUGGCAGAGAGUCUGGAGUGGAGAAGCAACCAAAACUGCUUCAUGGAUAUGGUCCCUGUUGACGGCAUGUAUGACUACAUGAUGUACGUCGGUCGUGUGGCGUUCCACAUACCGGACUGGUUGCACCACAUCCUGGCCGCGGGGAGGAUCCUGUUCAAGAACACCUUCGAAGCCUACAUGGACCAGUACAUGCUGUCUAAACUGGAGCAGAUCCUCCAGGAGCACCACCUGGUCUCCCUCAUCACACAGCUCAGAGACGCCGUCUUCUGUGAGAGCAGCGUACAGCGAACCACAGAGGACAAACAAGUCAGAGCCAAGAAGACCUUUGAGGAGAUGAUGAAAUAUUUACCAGACUUUGUGGGGAAGUGCAUCGGCGAGGAGGCAAAAUACGAAGGCAUUCGGCUCCUCUUUGAAGUAUUCCAGCAGCCGCUCCUCAACAAGCAGGUAAACAGACGGUCUGAAACCUCCAUAGUUCUUAUCGGCCAGCAGGUGUGUCCUCUGCAGGUGUGUUGCUUCUAGAGAUCAAACGGUAUG